UACCCUGGCCAAGGGGAACUACUCUCGACUCGCUGGUUUUGUUUCGGCAACGUCAACCUCUUCUGAUAAAAACAUUAGAUAAGGUCUUCUUUAUCAUCAGCUUACUCACACCAUCAUCAUCAUCAUCAUCAUCUACUAUUAUAUAUACAUACAUAUACAUACAUAUAUAUAUACACACACACAUAUGUGUGUAAUUUUAUUUAAACUUAAGAUACUUAAGAACGACAGAUAUUUCGUUUAUAUUUGUUGAAACAAUCGAACAAAAUGUCUUCUGAGACGAAAUCCAAGUCAGAAUCGUCCAACUGUGUCAAAGCCCGGUCCAUGUUACAGCAAUGCCUGUCGGCGAGGUUGCUGGUCCAGCCGAAAACUGAUGACAAAGAUGCAGAAUUUGUUGAAAUAGGUCGUGGCCUUAUAGCAUAUGUGUGCUUCAUGAAAGGAUCCAAUGAAGAAUUGGUUGACCGCAUGGUGAAAUCAGUUCUAAAUGUGAGACUGAGUGAAAACGAGGCUGGGAAGCUUGUGUCAAUUAUGGACCUUCCAGGAGACGUGUUGAUCAUUCCACAAGCGACUCUGGGAGGAAGCAUGAAAGGCAAAUGUAUGCAAUACCACAAGAAUAUUGCCAAAGAUGAAGGACAGUUGCUUUACACUCGUUUUGUCAAUAUAUGCCGGAACACAGUACAGAAGCAGAACCAAGAAUGCACAGUUCAGAAUGGUACUUAUGGUAACCGGCAAGUUUUAAGCACUGUAACAAAUGGACCAUUCUCUCAUUUUCUUGAAUUUUCUUGAUUAAAAUUAAUAUUAUUUGAAACCUGUAA